AUAGUAACAAACUAUUGAUAAAGGAAGGAAUUGGGGGAGACGCCAUCUUGUGCAAACGCCCUGAGAAGGAAGCAAGUUACUUGGUCUUAGCUCUUAGAGAAGUCUACUUUAGUCCGAGGAAAGCCAGAGGAUACAGUGUAGAGACAUGCAAACCAUAAAGUGUGUGGUAGUCGGUGACGGGGCUGUCGGUAAGACCUGUCUACUCAUCUCUUACACUACAAACAAGUUUCCACAAGAAUAUGUACCCACGGUUUUUGAUAACUAUGCCGUAACUGUCAUGAUUGGCGGAGAGCCCUACACACUCGGCCUCUUUGAUACUGCUGGUCAAGAAGAUUAUGAUCGUCUAAGACCUCUCUCGUACCCUCAGACUGACGUGUUUUUAGUUUGUUUCUCUGUUGUAUCUCCAGCUUCAUUUGAGAAUGUGAAAGAGAAGUGGGUACCUGAAAUCACUCACCAUUGUCCCAAGACCCCAUUCCUACUCGUCGGGACUCAAGUAGAUCUCAGAGAUGACGCAAGCACUAUCGAGAAACUAUCAAAAGCCAAGCAGCGUCCGAUCAGUGUAGAAGCUGCGGAGAAGUUGGCCAGAGAAUUGCGUGCAGUGAAGUAUGUAGAAUGCUCUGCAUUGACACAGAAAGGCUUAAAGAAUGUUUUUGAUGAAGCUAUACUAGCUGCUCUCGAACCACCAGAGCAACCGAAAAAGAGGAAAUGCUUAAUCUUGUAACUUGUAAGUGGCUCUUUCAACUGAAACUUCCAUUAUUAUUAUUAUUAUUAUUAUUAUUAUUAUUAUUAUUUUGUGUUCUAUGGGGUAGUCGUCCCUGUCAUUCACUAUACUGUGUUGUUAUUGACACACCCACAUUAGUAAUAAUUGUGAA